AUGGCUAGGACAGGUCGACAACCUCGUUCGGCACCCACUGCCCCACAGGGCAAUACGGCGACUGGCGGUGGUGGUGGUGGUGGUUCGAGCUCGACCAAGUCCUCCAAAAGCAAGACCAAGUCGAAACCGAUGAGCAAGAAGCGUCAGACCAAGGCCUUGUCCCAAGCGGAUGGGACCUCCGCAAGCAUGGGAUUGAACGUAUACUCUUUCGAACCGGGAAAGAAGAAGGCCAGAGGAGAUGUAGAUCCACUCGCUAGGGCCAACGCUGGGAAGGGGAAGGGAAGGCGCAGGGACGAUGACGACGAUGAGGAUGAGGAAGGUAUGGAUGCUCAGGAUAGGGACGAUCUGGAGGCCAUGUUCAAUGGGGAUCAACCGGUCGAUUUUACGGGGUUCAAACCCAAGGGGUUGAAGAUGGGCUUGGAUUCGGACGAGGAGCAGGACGGGGAUGAGGAGCGCCAGCGACGAGGUGGCGAUGAUGACGAGGACAUCGACUCGGACGAUGCGGGCACAGAGUCCGAGAUUGAGAUGGAUGAGGCUCCUCCGACGAAGGUGUGCAUUUGA